AAGUCUGUGGUCAAAGACUAAAAAAGGUUAUGUUGUUGUUGUUGGGUGUAUUUUAAAAUUUUUAAUAAACUAAUAUUAUGAACACUGUUCUGCAGGUAUGGAAUAUUGUAUAAAAGUUUUAACAAUUUUAAAAACAAGAAUAGAAUACAAAUAUCCAUUAGUUUCCAUAGUACGUCAUUACCAUAGGAUACCGUUUUUAGAUUUCUAUUAUAAAACUACUGGUGAAGAAUUGUCAGAAACUUAUCUUCCUGUUUUGAAAAAAAAACAUCCAAACAUAGAGAGUCUCACAAAUGAAGAAAUACAAUGCACUCUUAACAUUUUGAAAAAAUUUGAUAUUACACCACAUGAAGCCUGUAAAAAUCUUCAUAUAUUCUCUAUGAAUCCUAUAGCUGUGGAUAAUUAUGGUGAAAUACUCAAAGAAUGUGGAUUUAUUAAUAUCAUACCACAAUAUAUUAUUAGAUAUCAUACAUUAGUUAGAUCCAAAACUAUAAAAUUCUUGAAAAAGGAAGGUCUUAUGAGAAAUGAUAUUAUACUUGAAGAAGCCCUCCUAAAUCAAUUUCCAGAAUGGCCACCUGAUAAUAAAUAUUUAGACAAAUUUCAUGAUUCCAAUACUUCUAUAUUGACUGUAAGAAAAAGUGUGUUAAAUAAAUACUUACAUUGGAAGCUAUCUACUUCAACGGAAGAAUUCGAAAAAUAUUGUCGCCAUUAUUUGACUCUAAAACAUAAACCCAUGUCUGAUAUUCGUGAAGCUUUAGACAUAGCUCAAAAUGAUAUCAAGUUUAAUAUAGAUGUGAUUAGGCGAAACGGCUUUAUUAUAUCAACUGAUCCCACCAAAACUAAAAUGCUUUUAGAAAAUGUAACAACCUUGGCAGGUUUAAAUAUAAGAGAAGCAAUAAAAAUUGAGCCUGCCAUAUUAAGAAAUCAUUACAAAUCUGUGUUACAUGUUAGAAACAUAUUGGAGGAAUAUAGAAUAUCAGAAAAAGCCCAACAACACUGCUUGAAAAUUUACUGUAUGAAACCAUCAACAGUACAACAAAGACUAGAUGAACUGAAAACAUUGAAAGAAUAUCAAGUAUUGUCUACUAAUCCUAGGGCGCUGUCAAUGGUGGUUCAUAAAAAUAAAAUGAUGCUACGUCUGAAGAAAAUUCAAGACGCAAGAAAGCAGUGCUACAGUUUUAACAACCUUGUGGCAUCCAAUACUGUUUUUAAAAAUUACAUCAGCGGUUUUGGAAACAAAGUAUGCGGACGCGACAUAGCUACAUUAAUAGUAUCUUACGCCAACAGCGAAGACAGUAGUUCAAAGUCUAAGGAUACUGAAUUACUUAAAAGUGUACUCAAGCAAUUGAAGAGGCAUAAGUAUUAUCUACACGCGACUUUGAGUGUUGUCGACGAAACCAUACAGUUUCUUAAGAAGCGAUUCGAUAGCGACGUUAUCUUUAAUCAAUGUCAGCUGCUUCUAUAUCCUGUUUCAGAGAUAGAAGUCUAUUUGAAUCAUUUGUUAGAAUUACGGAAUGGUGGUGAAAACAAACUGAAGCAUGAUAUACGGCUAGAUGCCACAUAUAAUUAUUUAAAAUACCAACAAUUAACCGACGAUCAAAUACUAAGUUUAGUAUUAUACGAAAUUGAGAAAAAAUACCAUUUCAGCGGCGAUGGUAUAUGGGCGAGACAAGAUGGAAUGAAGGCGGAGUCUGUAGCGGCAUCUUAACUGCAGGAUCGGAAAGAGAUAUUUUUAAAAUGCUAUUUAAACAUUUAAAUUUGAUCUUAAAGCUCUUAUAAUUUUAAAUCGUUUGGUAUAGAAAAUUUUAAGGCAGUUUGUAAAGUUUAGUUUUUAUAAAAGAUUUGUUGCUCCAUGGAAAUAAGAUAUGACUCCAUAGACACCUAGUACUGUUUUUGUGUUUAUGGAUUUUUAUUGGUCCAUAAUUGUUAACAGCCAACCAAUUAUAAAAAAAAAAAAAUGUUAAUAAAUGGAAUAUGUAAAUAUAUACUAUUAAGUAUUUGUUUUAUAUGUUAUUAAUUUUGUAUAUGUUUAAGUAUAAGGAUUG